AUGUCAUCACAUGACGAGUACUCUUCUGAUGAAGAAGAAUUAUUUGACGAAAACGAAAAUUCCGAAGUUUAUUUAGGAUUUGUGGAUGGACCAAUUAUUGAUGAUGAAGAAGAUCCUGAAGAUAAUGAACUUCCAACAAUUGAAGAUACAUUUAUAGGGGGAAAACCUGUAUGGCUUCAUCCAGAAUCUCGUCCAGAUGAGUCUGUAUUGACAUGUCCCAAUUGUAAUCAAAAGUUGGCAUUAUUACUUCAAGCUUUUGCUCCCAUUGAUGGAAAAUUAUAUGAUAGAGUCAUAUAUAUAUUUGCAUGUAAGAAUACUAGUCAAUGUUCAAGAAAAUCUAACACAGUAAAAGUAAUUCGAGGAAUUUCUCAAGAUCCAUCUCGAGUAUCAGAAAUCAAAAAGGAACAAGAUGAAGCUAUAAAGAAUGAGUUGAAUGAAAAAUUAAGACUAGAAGAUAAGAAAAAGUUUAACAUUGAAAUCACAAAAGAUUUAUUUAAUACUGAUAAGGAUAAGCAAUCAUCAAAUCCAUUUGGUAAUUCAUCUAAUCCAUUUGCAUCAUCAUCCACAUCCAAUCCAUUUUCUGCUGAUUCAAAUCCUUUUGCGAAGAAAGAAGAACCAAAGAAGGAAGUAGCCUCAAAGGAAUCAUAUGCCAAAAUAGCUUCUAAAAAUGCUCCUGCAAAGAAAGAAAAGAAGAAAUCAUUAGUAUCAGACAAUGACUUACCAUCAUAUAAAGGAAAUUUUGUUUAUGUAGACAUUGAAAAAUUUAAAAAGGAAACUUUAGAUCCAGAAUUAGAGAAAUAUAAGCAUUUAAUUGAAAAGGGAGAAGCUGAUUCAAAUGAUCCUGAAGAUAAUAUUGGAUCUAGUGGAAAAAGUAGAAGAGAGUCAUCUUCUGGUGCCAGUAUUGAAGCAUCUAGUGUACUUGAUGAUAAAUUCUUUGCCGCAUUUACAGAAAGAGUUAAACAUAACCCUAAUCAAGUAUUAAGAUAUAAUAUAGGUGGACGACCAUUAUUAUAUUCUGGAAAGGAUGAUAUUGCUAAAAGAUUUGUGGGCAAUACAUUUAAUGUUCCAAAUCCUGGAUAUAAUCCAUCUUCAAAUAGACAAUUUGAAUUACAACUUAUGCCAAAGGCAAUUAUGGAUCUUGAAGAAAUUGAAGAUAAUAAGGAUACUAAUAUUGCCAGUAUAUUAAAUGGUAUGUCAUGGGGGACAAUUAUUGUAUGUACUGAUGUAGAAGAUUAUGUUCCUAAAGAUAGUUUGGAUGAAAACCAUGUUGCAUAUAUAGAGGAAUGGUGUGGAGUUCAAUGGGAAGAUAGUGUAUAG